CAUUCAAUGAUGCUUUACCGUUGUCAUUUCACUAUGAAUUUGUCCUUUGCUUUGCCUGUGACGCCUGCAUAACUAAUCAACCCACCGCAAAGUUACGUCCGGCUUCUCAUAUAAAGAAGCUUCUCCAUAGUGAAAUUUCCCCUCUCAUUAAAACCAUCUUGUUCUGUAUAACAAGCUAGGAAACUAUGGCACAUAGUAGAUUACAGUCACCCAAACCAUCCUCAAGACAUGGUUCAAGACCACAGUCGAGACAGGCUGGUAAUGAAGACGACGACGAGUUGGCGAUGUACUGCAUCAACUUCAACAACUUGGACCAGUUGAUUGCUGAUAGGUUGGAAAAAUUCUCAAAGAGCAAUUCAGUUGAAGACGAAGAGAAGAAGAAGAAGUACCCCUUGCACAAUGUCAAGAUGCUUACUGAUUUGUUAAUUGCACCAAAGACUCCUAUCCCAUCUGGCGAUCGUGAGAUGCUGCUUAACCAACUCUACACUUUGAACGUGAAGAAUCCAACUUCGAGUCGAGACUUGUUCCCGGAGAUGGUUCAACUCUUCAAAAUCUCACAAGCAUAUGACCGUUUGAUUGCCAUAAGAAAUGUUGCAGCCACUGCAGUGGCACACUGUGAUGAUUUCGCUGACGAAAUCAUCGAAUUUCUCUCAUACCUGGAGUCCAAGAUCCUGUCUGAAGAUCUGGAGAACCCUUUCAAAGAACAAUACAUCUAUGCAUAUGCAGUUAUGACACUUGCUGUUUAUGAAGGUUCUGGAACUUUUGGUGUUGAUGACAAGUUGCACUUCUUAACAGACACACUCCUGGGAUAUGGAACGGACGUUGAUACAAACACCGAUGUCAUAAGCGCUCUGUUGUACGGUAUUGGCGGUCUAUUCACACUGUUGUUGAACAGCUCUGCUCUAAACGAAGAAUAUGAAACUCUACUGGAGUCCUCGAUGGAGUAUUUCCUCGAUUAUGAUAUUGACUUGCCGAUCCACAGGCCAAUGGCAAUGCUCAUUGCCCUUGCCUAUGAGACCUAUGACUACUCCGAUGAAGAUGGUGAGGCAUUUGACGAACCAGCCCCUUAUGACAAUACUUACUUGAUUGAGCAACGGUUAAAAGAGCUUGUCAGUGGUGCUAAGUCAGUAACGAAGAAAACAUCAGCUAUGGAUUCGAGAUCUGUGUUCAGAGAGGCAAUGCACACCGUAGAGUACUACUCUGAUAAGGCUAAGAGGCUGGAAAUCAUGGAUAAGAGCUACCCAGAUUCUUCUAGACAAGUGUUAACUCAUGUCAGAUUGAGUAAGUCAAGAUCCAUUGCAGUGAAAUCGUGGGUGGCCCUGUUUAGACUUGUUCUGUUGAAGUGGGUAUUUGGUGUUGGAUUGCACAACCAGCUUGCCCACAGCUCUUCGUUAUCGAGCAUGGUUCAAUAUUCCCCUUCUUUCAAAAUUGUUAAAGAACUUGCAAACGAUGAAUCAGACGUUGAUGACAAUGAUGAUAUGUAUCACGAAAAAUCUCACGUUUCACAUAAACGUAAGCAGAAGGAAAUUGCCAACAGAAGAAUGGAGAAGCUAACUAGUAAAUUGGACCAGUCUGGUCUGAACGAUGAAGAUGAGCCUUAGCUACGCUGAUAUCUUAAUUGUAUAGUCCAGAAAUAAUUUAUAUUUUGAAUACUAGAGAUGUCCAAAUUAAUUAAUGGAUGAACAAGCACUAACCCGUAAUUAUUCAAUCUGUUUUCUCAUUAGGGUCCUUGUGUGAUAGGGGAGACCAACCAGCAAUGGCACCACCAACUACUGUAGGAACCAUGGUGAGAGCAGAAAGAGCAUGAGUGUGUUCACCAAUGGUGCUUUCCUCGUCGUUUGACAGCGAAUCUCCU